UCAACACACCGUUUCUUGGUCUAAAUGUUAACCAAACCUCAACCGGACUAAGCGUGCCUGAAGGCUGCAACUAGAAUUCUAGAACCCAUCGGUGAACCCGGGAAGAAGUUCCUAGCUUCCGCCCAAAGUCAUCAAUUUCACAGUCAAUCAUUUUUUCGCCGUACAAAUUGGAAACGCGACGCAAUCGCUCAGUUUAUCCGAUUUCAGCUUCUUCAUACGCCAAAUACAUCGACUUUCUUUGCUGCUGAGGUAUCAUGGCUGAACAAUUCUCCAAUGAAGGUUCCAGUACAAGCAAUGGAUCUGGAGAAGGCUCAGAUUCAACUGUACAGCUCAAUAUCAAGACCCUAGACUCACAGAUGUAUAGCUUUCGGGUCGAUAAAAAUAUGCUUGUUUCAGCUUUCAAGGAGAAAAUAGCUGGUGAAAUUGGUGUUCCUGUGGGGCAGCAGAGACUAAUUUUCCGUGGCAAGGUCUUGAAAGAUGAACAUCUUCUUUCUGAAUAUCAAGUGGAGAAUGGGCACACCUUGCACUUGGUUGCAAGGCAGCCAACUGUACCACAAUCUUCUGCUAAUACGAGCUCUGCUGAUGUAAAUGCAAAUAAUGGCAGCCAAGCAGGAAAUGAUGCUAGUUCAGGCAUCCCUCAAAAUCGGAUUGGGCAAAUUUCGCACAGUGUAGUUCUUGGGACCUUUAAUGUUGGGGAUCCAGGUGAAGGCACUGUUCCAGACCUCUCUCGGGUCAUUGGUGCAGUGCUGAACUCUUUUGGCAUGGGUGGCCAGACUGGAACUAACGGCGCUGGUGGCAUGCAGUUCUCUACCAUGCCAAAUGUUAGCAGUCAGACUGCCCAAGGAAAUGAAAAUGCAGGUGCACCACGAAACAGUUCUGAUGGUCAGGGUCAAGCCGGAAAUCAAGCGGAGUCUGGGCAGGCAUUUUCUGGCCAAUCAUUCCAACAACCACCUCAAGUCAUGCAAAUUCCUCCGACUGCAGCAAUACCUCUUCCCACGCUUCAUUUGCCAAUUCCUGAUUCUUUGAGCACACUUUCCGAGUUCAUGUCACGUAUGGAGCAGGCACUUGCACAAAAUGGGUAUCAGCCGAAUGCAUCUUCAAUUAGUGUGGGAGACACGCCAAGGCAUGACUUAACUUCUCAUUCACAGGGUUUGCAAUCAUUAAUUGCUGUCCUGCAACAUGCAGAACGGCUUCUCAGUGGACAUACGGUCACUGCAUUAUCUCGUAUUGCAGGACGCUUGGAACAAGAUGGGGCUUCUAGUGAUCAGUCUGUAAGGAGGCAACUUCAGACAGAAUCAGUGCAAGUUGGCCUUGCAAUGCAGCAUCUAGGAGCUCUUCUUUUGGAGCUUGGUCGGACAAUUUUGACAUUGCGAAUGGGACAAUCUUCCGCAGAAGCUUCUGUGAAUCCUGGACCUGCAGUUUAUAUAUCUCCUUCAGGACCUAAUCCUAUAAUGGUUCAGCCUUUUCCACUUCAAGCUAAUUCCCUCUUUAGUGGUCCUGCUGCACAAUCAAAUCAUAUGGCUUUCAAUCCUGUUGGUUUUGGUGCCGUCCCUAGGAAUAUAAAUAUUCAUAUAAGUGCUGGUACCUCAUUGUCACCAGUUGUAUCAGCCAUAGGUACCCGUACUGGCAAUGGGGAAGCAAUGCAGGGAGAACGAGGCAAUACUAUUGGUUCGGGGCAAGUGCGGAUGCUACCAGUGAGAAAUAUCAUUGCUGCAACUGUGCCCUCCCGUUCUACUGGUAUCGCAGUCCCAACUGCUGCACAACCCGGUCAAAGUGUGUCUAAUUCGCAGCCUUCAUCCGAUUCUACGUCUUUAUCUUCCUUAGUAUCAGAAGUCAAUUCACGGAUAAGAAAUAUGGUUGAUAGCAUGCGGGGAGAAAACCAGCCUUUAUCAGGCACUGUUAGCUCUAGUGCAGGUAAUGAUACAUCCACUGAACAGCCCAGUGGCCUGCCGGUCAAUGGGUCAGGACAUUCUACUGUCGCCUUACCUGGGUUAAUUUCUGAAGAUGAUAAAAAGGAACAAGAUGAACAUACCCAAGGAAGCAACAGUGAGGAUAAGGAAAGUCUUUUGAGCCCAAAAGAUGUUCGGUCUAGCUCUGUGGAAUGUACAAGCGGAGAAACCUCUUUAAUAUUAGAAGAGACAUCAGAAAAUGUGCCAAGUUCCAGUGCAAAGCCUGGCCCUCCAGAAGGUUCCCAAGGUGUUCCUCUUGGAUUGGCGAUGGGGAGUUUGGACCGAAAGAGGCGAACCAGGCUGCCAAAAUCAUUGGUCAAGAGCAGGGAUGAUGCAACGAGCAAUGCUCCUGUCAGCCAAAAUCUGGAUUCCGGGAUGAGUGGUCAUCAGGUCUUGCAAUCUGUUGCAUCUCGUAGCUCUAGGGUGAGUGCAGAUGACACUGGAGCAGGUCAACUCCCCCAAUCUGGAGGUAGCAAUCCCGAGAGCAGACCUCUGGGACAGCAAAGUUCUGGUGCUCAGUUUGAUGCAGCUAAUGUUAUGUCUAAUGUUAUACAUAGCCCGGAAAUGAAUGGUUUAUUGGCUGGUGUAUCAGAGCAAACUGGGGUUGGUUCUCCGAAUGUUUUGCGGAAUAUGUUGCAACAGCUUACCAUGAACCCACAAAUUAUGAGCACCGUCAGCCAAAUUGCUCAGCAAGUUGAAAGCCAAGACCUUGGGAACAUGUUCUCGGGUUUAGGAAGUGGUCAGAGCGGUGGCAUUGAUCUUUCAAGAAUAAUGCAGCAGAUGAUGCCAGUAGUUUCCCAGGUUCUUGGUGGUGGGCCAGCUUCUCAACCUUCUUCUCGUGUAGAACCUGAAUCCCAGAUACCAUACAAUGAGAGUAGAUCUGUUGGAAAUGAAAAUCCUGAUGGUCAAAAUCAAAAUGUUCAGAUUGAUCUCCAGGAAGUGGCUCAGAGAAUUGGACAGUUCAAUGCACCUGGAGAUAUUUUUCGUUCUAUAGCAGAGAAUGCAGCUAGGUUGAGCGGCGAUGAUAGCAGAGCCCAAGACUGUGUUCAUGAGUUGAGCAACAAUGAAGAUUUAGUUUCCGACUAUGUGGAGAUGCUACAGCAUGAUAUACGUCAGCGGCUGGAGAAAGACCCGGGGCAGGAUUAGCAUCUGCAUUUUGCAGGGAGAGGAUGGGUUUUAAUUUAAUCAUUUUGUGAUAUUGGCAGAAUGCUUUGCCAGAAAAUAUUACCUUAGUUGGGAUCACUUUUAAACUUGUAUAAUCCUUGUACAAAUCCAUGAUAUAGUUGAUUCGCCAAUAUUGUUUAAUGUUUUAAAUUGUCAAUACAUGUUUUAUCUAAGAUUUUCUUUUUAAA